GAGAAACGCGUUUCGUGUGUCUGUGGAGGUGUUUUGUCCCUCAGCGGAGCAGGUAGGAAAGCGACCGUGAACAUGGGACAGAAUCAGAGCGGGGGACACGGCCCUGGGGGCGGCAAGAAAGAUGACAAGGAUAAGAAGAAAAAAUACGAGCCCCCGAUUCCAACCAGAGUUGGCAAGAAGAAGAGAAAGACCAAAGGACCUGAUGCUGCAAGCAAGCUGCCUUUAGUGACUCCUCACACUCAGUGCCGACUGAAGCUGCUCAAGCAGGAGCGCAUUAAAGAUUACCUGCUGAUGGAGGAGGAGUUCAUCAGGAACCAGGAGCAGAUGAAACCUCUGGAGGAGAAACAGGAGGAGGAGAGGUCGAAGGUUGAUGACCUGAGGGGGACGCCGAUGUCUGUAGGAACUCUGGAAGAGAUUAUUGAUGAUAAUCAUGCCAUUGUGUCCACUUCUGUGGGGUCAGAGCAUUACGUUAGUAUCCUGUCCUUCGUGGAUAAAGACCUGCUGGAGCCCGGCUGCUCUGUCCUGCUCAACCACAAGGUCCAUGCAGUCAUUGGAGUGCUGAUGGAUGACACUGACCCUCUGGUAACAGUGAUGAAGGUGGAAAAAGCUCCUCAGGAGACAUACGCUGAUAUUGGAGGACUGGACAGUCAGAUCCAGGAGAUUAAGGAGUCUGUGGAGCUUCCUCUCACUCACCCAGAGUAUUAUGAGGAGAUGGGGAUCAAACCUCCUAAAGGAGUCAUUCUGUACGGCCCACCAGGAACAGGUAAGACCCUCCUGGCUAAAGCUGUGGCCAAUCAGACGUCGGCAACGUUCUUGCGGGUCGUAGGUUCAGAGCUGAUCCAGAAGUACCUGGGCGAUGGGCCCAAACUGGUCCGGGAGCUUUUUAGAGUGGCUGAAGAACACGCACCUUCCAUCGUCUUCAUCGAUGAGAUCGACGCUAUCGGAACGAAGAGGUAUGACUCGAACUCUGGAGGUGAGCGUGAGAUCCAGAGGACAAUGCUGGAGCUCCUGAAUCAGCUGGACGGCUUUGAUUCACGCGGAGAUGUGAAGGUCAUCAUGGCCACCAACCGGAUAGAGACGCUCGACCCUGCUCUAAUCAGACCUGGCCGAAUUGACCGUAAGAUAGAGUUCCCCCUGCCGGACGAGAAAACCAAGCGAAGAAUCUUCCAGAUCCACACCAGCAGGAUGACGCUGGCUGAUGAUGUGACCCUGGAUGACCUCAUCAUGGCUAAAGACGAUCUGUCGGGAGCUGAUAUCAAAGCGAUCUGUACAGAAGCUGGACUGAUGGCUCUGAGGGAGCGCAGGAUGAAAGUCACUAAUGAAGACUUUAAGAAGUCUAAAGAGAACGUGCUGUAUAAGAAACAGGAGGGCACUCCAGAGGGGCUGUACCUCUGAGCCUGGGGGUGUGUGACAGUGAGGAGACGUUCAUUCAGACUCAGUAAAUAAGUAUUUUCUUAGGGCCGGCCUGAAUCCGCCUGAAUCCGCCUGGAUCCUGAGAUAUUUGUUACAUUGGUAUUGAAUUCUGUAGUUGGUAUUUGGAAGCUUCAGUCUUUUCAGAUAUGAUUGUAGCCUAAACUACAACCCAGCACAGUGAUUUAUUAUUAUUAUUAUUAUUAUUAUUAUUAUUAUUAUUAUUGUUAUAUUUAAAAAAAGACACAUCAUAGCCGGUUUGGUUUAGGCAUUCACAUCACCUCACCCUCAGAGCAGCUACUGAAGCUGAAAGAGCAGAGAUGCCUGUGUGGGGGCUCCUUCAUUUAUUGGGUGGUAAGAAAAAUGCUUAAAUUUGCUUUCAGGUUGGUGUGGAGGCACGACAAGUUUGAUAAAUCAUCAAUAUGCACGUAUUGCACUGCCAGGGUGGUCAGUUCCACACUGUGUGUUGACCUCAGUGCUGCUUUCCAUGAUUCAUUUGGUGAACUACUCAAAUAAAGCGACUCCAUAAAAUAAGAGCAACAAAUCAAAUUUAAACCCUGAUGGGGAAUUUGGGAAACUACAUCUGCUGUUUUUGAAAAGAGGGCUUCAUUUGUGACUUCUGUAGCAACAUACAGACUGUAGUACUAAUACAUGGUUAAAAUGGUUAAUGAAUAAUAAUAAAUAUUGUUUUACAGCUGAUCGUGAGAAUUUCGAGGUUUCGAGUACCCAUUUUUAUAAAAGCCAGUAUUCAAAGCCUGUACAAUGGUAUUUCAGCCAGCACUCGCGCUCUCUCUCUCUCUCUCUAUCUCUCUCUCUCUCUCUCUCUCUCUAUCUCUCUCUCUCUCUCUCUCUCUCUCUCUCUCUCUGUCUCUCUCUCUCUGUCUCUCUGUCUCUCUCUGUCUCUC